UUAACGUCUCAUGUACACACUAAGACAAGACUGUACCCACAGGUAAGUCUGCCAGCGGCCGAAACAUCAACAUCACACAGUGGAUGGACUACACAAUCAACGCUCCCUGUCAUUUUAAAGUCCACAGAUAUCCCUUCGGCACAUAUGUGUGUAACAUCUCGUUUUACCUUGUGAGGUCCACGGAAGAGAUGGCCUUCAAGUCAUCCGACUACAACAGGACUGUAUACAGACUGUCUUACGAUGGGAAUCACGACUUACUGGACUACCACCUUCAGGAGGUGACUGUGGAGUCCUUGACAGACCAUGUGACCAUCACCCUACACCUGAAGGGACAAGCCCACUACCAUCUGCUCAACAGCUUCGCCCCCAGCGCCCUCAUGUUCAUCAUUUCCUACGCCACACUGUACUUCCCCGUCACAGACUUCAACGAGAGGAUCAUGGUGUCGCUGACGUCGUUGUUAGUGUUGGCUUCGCUCUUCGCUCAGGCCACCGACUCCUACGUCAGGACUCCUUACUACAAGCUUAUCGACAUCUGGUUCGCUUUCCUCAUCAUCCUCAGUUUUGCUGUUGUUAUCGUCAACGCUGUAGUAAACUCCUUAAGGAUAAACGAGGACACCGUUCGUCCCCAUAUGAUAGACAUCUCCCUCAAAGGUAAGAUGAAAGCAAUCAAAGCCAAAAAGUUUAAUAAAUUCUGUAAAUAUGUUCUUCUCAAUUUAUUUCUGUUACUUUUGGUGUUUUACUUUUUCUGUGGUGCCGAAUUAAUCUGAAGUGUGGGUG